AUGGAAGUUUAUUCCUCCGUACACCCCAAACAUGACGGAUUGUGGGAAGCAGCCGUUAAAAGUUGCAAAUUUCAUUUGAAGCGAGCUCUUAUUAAUAAUAAUGUGACUUACGAAGAAAUGUGCACCUUAGUGAUACAAAUCGAAGAAAGUUUGCGGAUAGAAAAAUUCGAAGCUAUGAAGCGCGGAUUGAAAUCGCAGCAAUCUUCAUUUACAAAACUCAAAACUGAACAAGAGGCUGCAACUCGUGCCAGCUUUCAUGUGGCUCUUGAAAUUGCAAAACGUGGAAAACCAUUCACCGAUAGAGAAAUGAUCAAAGAAAGCAUAAUUGCAGUAGCCGAAGAAAUGUGCCCUGAAAAGGUAAAUUUAUUAAAAACUGUCAACAAAAAUGGACAUGUUGAGUGGUUUUCUUUGGCCUUGGAUGAGUCAGAUACUGCUCAGGUGUUGAUUUAUAUUCGAGGAGUAGAUAAAAGCUAUGAAGUGCAUGAAGAACUUUUUGCUAUGUAUAGUAUUCAUGGCAAAACUACUGGUACAGAUAUUUUUAAAGGAGUUGGAAUGGCCAUUAAUCAAAAGAACCUUCGAUGGAAAAACUUGAAAUGUAUUACAACUGAUGGAGGCAAAAACAUGAGUGGGAAAGAUAAAGGAGUGGUCGCACUUAUAUCAAAGGUUGUAGAAAAUGACGGUGGCUCAAAACCAUUAGUCUUACAUUGUAUCAUUCAUCAACAGUCUUUGUGCGGAAAAUUUUCAGAUAUGUCUGAAGUUCUGAAACCAGUCAUAUCAACUGUUAAUCUUUUGGUCUGA